AUGUCGAUGUUACUAAGGAAACUGUUGGAAAUCAUGUUGAGACGAAAUCCAACAUGUUCCGAUGAAGAAGAAAAACAAGUGUUAGAGCGUGGUGAUUUGGGUGAAUUAGAUCAACUACCUAGUGAUAUCUUGGUACAAAUUUUGAGACUUUUGGGUCCCAAAGAGGUUGCAAAACUGAGUGUGAUUUGCAAGUCUUUGAGAUUUUUUGUAUCUGAUAAUCGCUUAUGGCUUUACUUCCUUCAGACUCAUCAAUCUGACCCUUCUUGGGAUUCUGUUUUCUUUGCUGAAACUAAUUUGACUUCAGGGUACCCUAUUCCAUCCUUUGUUGGUCAGAGUCAGAGGCCUCAGUUGUCAUUCAAACAUAUAUAUGGCCAAAGAGCACAAGUUCCCGGUGCUAUUAUCAUCGAUGGCGGUUCCGGCUAUUGCAAAUUUGGUUGGAGUAAAUACGCUUGUCCGUCAGGACGAUCCGCAACAUUUUUGGAAUUUGGCAACAUCGAGUCGCCAAUGUAUACUAGACUUCGACAUUUUUUCGCAACAAUUUAUAACAGGAUGCAAGUGAAACCAAAUAAUCAACCGGUUAUUGUUUCUGUACCGAUAUGCCAUUAUGAAGAUACUGAAUCAGCCAGAGCAUCGAGACGACAACUUAAAGAAGCGAUUUAUGCUUCCCUUUUCGACUUGAAUGUUCCUUCUGUUUGUGCUGUCAACCAGGCGACUCUAGCUUUAUAUGCUGCGAAACGAACUUCUGGAAUAGUGGUUAAUAUAGGUUUUCAAGUCACGUCGGUAGUUCCAAUUUUUAACGGUAAAGUAAUGCGGAAGAUCGGCGUGGAAGUUUUGGGACUCGGAGCGCUUAAAGUUACGGGAUUUCUCAAGGAGAAGAUGCAACUGAAUAACCUAAAUUUUCAAUCGUUGUACACCGUUCGCGCUUUGAAAGAGAAUCUAUGCUAUGUUGCUCUUGAUUAUGAAGCGGAGCUAUUAAAGAAAAACACACAAGCUUCUUUUCAAGCUGCGGGAGAUGGAUUGUUUACACUUUCGAAAGAGCGGUUUCAGACAGCCGAGGUUUUAUUCAAGCCGUAUCUUGCUGGAUUGCAAGCGAUGGGUUUGCACCAUGCCAUAGCUCUCUGUAUGGAGCAUUGCCAUUCCGCAGAAUUACCGGGCGAAAGUGAUUGGUACAAAACUGUCGUUUUAUCGGGAGGAACCGCAUGUUUGCCAGGUUUGGCAGAAAGAUUAGAGAAGGAACUCCAUAGCUUACUUCCUCCAUACGUGUCGAAUGGAAUAAGAGUCAUACCUCCUCCAUUCGGCACCGAUACUCCAUGGUUCGGAGCGAAAAUGAUUGGCAAUUUGAGCACAUUUCCUGGUCCUUGGUGUGUGGAAAAAUCGAAGUUUCGACAGAAGCCGAGACUCAGUCUCAUAUGGUGA